UUAUAUAAAUAGAUAUAUAUAUAUAUAUAUAUUUGUCAAUGUGUGUAAACGGGUCUAACAGUGAACGGUGGAUUUGAUGCCAACGAUUAUAUAGAGUGUGAAGAAGACUGAUUUAGUGGAAAAAAGUGACAUAAUAAGUAUAAAAGUGAUUGUGAAGCUACGUUCAGGGGUCGAAGACUUGGAACAGAUACUCACAAAGAGUAAAAAAAAAAAGCUGACAAUAAGAAAUGUGCGUCGAGUCGUUGCCGGGACGAGUUUGACGAAUCAAAACUAAAAAUAAGAAAAAACUUACGAGUGGAUAGAGUUGGUAGUUCGUUAGUUUGAUACCAAUAGUGAGACACGCGUCUCACGCGAUAACGGCUUCAAAAUUUUGCUCCACGGUAGUUCGGUGAUAAUGAAGAAUGAGUCGGAGGGUGGUCCGAACGUCCUGGAAUCACACGGGGCGGGAGGAAGCGGAGUUAAUUCGGGAAGAAGUUCUAGUAUCGGUGGAAGCCAGAGCCUCCAAGAGUCCUUGAUAAGCCCGUUAUCCCAAGUGAGUCAAUCGACGUCGGAAGUACCUCGAAAGCCCGGAGCACGUCGUCAGGAAAAGCCGCCAUAUUCGUACAUAGCAUUGAUAGUAAUGGCGAUCCAAUCGAGCCCAGGAAAGCGAUUAACAUUAUCAGAAAUCUACACCUUCCUCCAGCAGCGUUUCCCGUUUUUCCGAGGUGCGUACCAAGGCUGGAAGAACUCGGUACGGCACAACCUGAGCCUGAACGAAUGCUUCAUAAAACUACCCAAGGGUCUUGGUAGGCCAGGAAAAGGUCACUACUGGACCAUCGACCCAGCAAGCGAGUUCAUGUUCGAGGAAGGAAGCUUCCGGCGACGUCCACGAGGCUUCCGUCGAAAGUGCCAAGCCCUGAAGCCGCAGUAUCCUCAGUACUUCGCGACGGCGACUCCCGUCGGCGUCCAGAACCCCGGUUACGAGGGAUCUCUGGCUGCAGCUGCAGCGGCGGGAGCUGGUGCCGACUACGUUAACGGGUACCAGAACCAGUACCAGAACUACCAAGACUACGCGAUGUACGGUCCGACGACUGGGAUGACGGCGGAUUGGGGCUACGCCGAGACGCCGUACAAGACACCGAUCGCCGAGGUCACCUACAAGACAACCGAGGUCACGUACAAGACCGGGGACCACUUGUACAAGAACAACGAGGCGCUAUACGCCCGGGGAAACGAGGGCGGUGUUGGAGUCACGUUUAAGACCGAAGUGCCCUACCGAAACGGCGCCGAUCUAGCAGCCUACAAGACCGAAGACACCGAGAUGUCCUUCAAGGGUAGCGACUCUGAUCAGAUAAUGUACUCCAAGGGGAACAACAAUAAUUCCGCGGGAUCGAACCCGGCGACCCCGAACCCGGCACACCAUCACCAGGACUACUACCCUGCACCGAUAUACAACAUUCAGGGGUCCGUUCAGCAGGGAUCUGCAUCAUCGACCGGCGGAUCAUCGACCGGACUUGGGGUCUCUCACGCACAUAACCAUACGCAGCAUUCUCACCCCCAUUCCCAUGGACAUUCGCACGGACAUUCGCACGGACAUUCUCAUUCUCAGCCGCAGCCAGCGUCGAGCCCUAUUGCAAAUUCUAGCUCGAAUUCAACCCACAGCGGAUGCCAGACUCCGGUUGGAGUUGGAAUCGCGGGAUCAUCAAACUCCGCAACCUCCGUGGUAGCCAGUACCCACAACACGGAUCAUCACGGUAUGCGCAUGCAGUGUUCAAGCUCGAGUUCAAGCAGUUCAGGGGGUGGUUUGGUCGAGAGGAAAUCCUACCUCCCACCACCACCGUCUACGGUCCCCUUGAGUUCUCUGAGCUCGUUGAAUUCCCUGAGUUCGUUGGGGGCCUUGAGUCUGGGUAACCUGGGCAACCUGGGGAACCUUGGUGGCCUCGGAAACUCGGUUGGCAGCCUAAACGUUCCCACCUCGGUAACGAACAUGACCAUCGGGGCGAAUAACAUCGCCCACACCUCGACGCCACCUCCUACAACGAUGUACUACGAUCAGCUUAAGUACCAAAUGUGAAGAAGCACCUCAAGCGGUUCCAC